CUGGUUCACCCUUCACUCAAAUUGGAACCACCAGCAUCAGAGGCGGUGGGUGAAAGGCGCUGUAGGCGGCGUUUGCUUUUUAAUUUUUUGUUUUCCAAAAGAAUCUUUCAGCACACCGCAGUCUGGAACGCGUGGAAAACACCUUGUAUAUUUUUUCUUUUCUUUUUUUUCUUCACUGGUCACCAAAGUGACUACAACAGAGAUUUGAAUGCAGUUUUAUUUUGUGGUACCAUGCUGGAAAUGAGCGACCAACAACAUUCAUGACGGUGUCCUAGUACAAGCCAGGCGCCUUGCAAGGCUUCCAAAGCCUUUCAUCGAAAGAUAUUUUUAUGUUUCUCAUACUGUUGCCUGAAAAGCUAACCUACCUCUGCUAGCCACUUGCUGUGGGUGCUGGAAAGGCGCAAAGAAUCUCAGCACACGGACCAUUCUAGAGAUUCGGAUGAGGUUUUUGAGUCCAGCGGUUGAAUUGUGUCAUUUUAUCCAGCGCCUUCUGCAUAUCAACAAGCACUGGCAGGUUGAAUUUCAGAGAUGUGGGCGAUAAGCUUGCUUUUCUUUGGAUUUGUACUCAGUCAGGGGGUCUUCGCUCCUGCAGGAGCAAUUGAUGGCCCAAAGACAUGCAACUCCAAGCAGUUUGUGUGCAAGGACCAGGUGACCUGCAUCUCCAAAGGGUGGCGGUGCGACGGCGAGAAGGACUGCCCAGAUGGUUCAGAUGAAGCACCCGAUAUCUGCCACCAUACCUAUGUGUCCCUGUGUCCCCCUAACGAGUUUGACUGCCGGGGUACGGACGUGUGUAUCCCCCUCAGCAAGCUGUGUGACGGGACGGCAGACUGCUCCGACGGCCGCGACGAGGGAGCACACUGCAGAGAGCUGAAGCCCAACUGUACGAGCCAUGGCUGCCAGUAUGAGUGUGCCGUCACCAUGGAGGGACCCGUCUGCUACUGCCGGAACGGCUACGAGGUGGCUGAGGAUGGCAAAACAUGCAAAGACUUCAACGAGUGUGCAGUGUACGGGACGUGUAGUCAGAACUGCACCAACCUGGACGGCUCCUACACCUGCAGCUGUGUGGAGGGCUACCUGGCCCAGCCAGACAACCGCUCCUGCAAGGCCAAAAAUGCACCAACGGAUCGGCCGCCCAUCCUACUGAUCGCCAACUCGCAGAGUAUCCAGGCGACGACCCUGAACCAGCAGCAGACGACCUUCUCGGUGACGACCAAGCAGACCAUGGCCAUGGACUUCCUGUAUGCGGAGGACACGGUAUGCUGGAUCCACAUGGGCGACGGGCCCGCCACCACGCUGCUCAAGUGCGGCAAGAUCCAGAACGUCAAGAGCUUCACCGACAUCCGGGUUGUCAACAUCUCACUCAGCCUGCACCAUGUGGAGCAGAUGGCUAUUGACUGGCUGACGGGUAACUUCUACUUCGUGGACGACAUGGACGACCGCAUCUUCGUCUGCAGUAAAGACGGCUCCACCUGCGUCACCCUGAUAGACCAGGAGCUGUACAACCCCAAAGCCAUCGCACUGGACCCCACCAUGGGCAAAGUGUUCUUCACGGACUACGGCCAGAUCCCCAAGGUGGAGCGCUGUGACAUGGACGGCCAGAACCGCACCAAGCUGGUGGACAGCAAGAUUGUCUUCCCCCACGGCAUCACGCUGGACCUGGUCAGCCGGCUGGUGUACUGGGCCGACGCCUACCUGGACUAUAUUGAAGUGGUGGACUACGAGGGCAAGAAAAGACACACCAUCAUACAGGGACUACAGGUCGAGCAUCUGUAUGGGCUGACGGUGUUUGAGAACUACCUGUACGCCACCAACUCGGUCAACGCCAACAUGCAGCCCAAGACCAGCGUCAUCCGGGUCAACCGCUUCAACCGCACCGACUUCUCGGUGACGACGCGGGUGGACAAGGGCGGAGCUCUGCACGUCUACCACCAGAGACGCCAGCCUCCAGUGCGGAGCCAUGCGUGUGCCCCUGACCAGCAUGGUAAACCUGGUGGCUGCUCUGACAUGUGCCUGCUGGGCAACAGCCACAAGACACGCACCUGCCGCUGCCGCUCGGGGUUCAGCCUGGGCAGCGACGGAAAGUCCUGCAAGAAGCCUGACCACGAGCUGUUCCUCGUAUACGGCAAAGGCAGGCCCGGCAUCAUCCGAGGCAUGGACUUGAACGCCAAGGUGCCAGACGAGUACAUGAUCCCCAUAGAGAACCUGAUGAACCCACGGGCGCUGGACUUCCACGCCGAGACCGAGUUCAUCUACUUUGCAGACGCCACCAACUACAUGAUCGGCCGACAGAAGAUCGACGGCACAGAUCGAGACACGAUCAUUAAACAAGGGAUCCAUACGGUGGAAGGCAUUGCGGUGGACUGGAUGGGUAAGAACCUGUACUGGACUGACGACGGCCCCAAGAAGACCAUCAACGUGGCCCGCUUGGAGAAGGCAUCGCAGACACGCAAGACCCUGAUCGAGGGCGGCAUGACUCACCCCAGAGCCAUUGUGGUGGACCCUUUGAAUGGGUGGAUGUACUGGACGGACUGGGUGGAGGAGCCGGCGGGCACCAACCGCGGCAGCAUCAAGCGGGCCUGGAUGGACGGCACCAACGUGGGCGUCUUCCUGACAGCCAAGACAGUGCUCUGGCCCAACGGCCUCACGCUGGACAUCCCCCAGGGGGUGCUGUACUGGGUGGACGCCUUCUACGACCGCAUCGAGAUGGUCCAAAUCAACACCACAGAGCGCACGACUGUGUAUGAAGGGCAUGAGUUGACCCACGCCUUUGGCCUGAGCCACUACAAGAACUUCCUGUUUUGGAAUGAGUACCGAGGUGGUGGCAUCUACAAGGUGGACAUCAACACCAAGAACGUCACACUCUUACGCAACGAGCGGCCGCCCAUCUACGAGAUCCGCACUUAUGACGCCCAGCAGCAACAAGGCUCCAAUAUGUGCCGUGUGAAUAACGGCGGCUGCAGCAGCUUGUGUCUGGCCACCCCCGACGGCAGGAGCUGUGGUUGCCCGGACGACCAGAUCCUCGACUCCCUCAAUGUCACAUGCCAAGCCAACCCAUCCUACCAGCCUCCUCCGCAGUGUCAGCCGGGGGAGUUUGCCUGUAAGAAUAACCGCUGCAUCCAGGAGCGCUGGAAGUGUGACGGGGACAACGACUGUCUGGACAACAGCGAUGAGUCCCUGGACCUCUGCCACCAGCACACCUGCCCCGCUGACCGCUUCAAGUGUGACAACAACCGCUGCAUCCCGCUGCGCUGGCUCUGUGACGGGGACAACGACUGCGGAAACGACGAGGACGAGUCAAACACCACAUGCUCAGCAGCUCGCACCUGCCCCCCUAACCAGUUUGCGUGUGCCAGUGGCCGCUGCAUCCCCCAGUCCUGGACCUGCGACCUGGACGACGACUGUGGCGAUCGCUCCGAUGAGCCGGCCUCCUGUGCCUAUCCCACCUGUUUCCCGCUCACCCAGUUCACCUGCAACAAUGGCCGCUGCAUCAACAUCAACUGGCGCUGUGACAACGACAAUGACUGUGGGGACAACAGUGACGAGGCGGGCUGUACCCACUCCUGUUCUGGGGUGCAGUUUAAGUGCAACAGUGGACGCUGCAUUCCGGAGUACUGGACCUGCGACGGGGAUAACGACUGUGCGGACCACAGCGAUGAGACACAUGCCAACUGCACUAAUCAAGCCACGCGCCCCCCUGGCGGCUGCCAUACUGAUGAGUUCCAGUGUCGUAUGGACGGCCUGUGCAUCCCCAUGCGCUGGCGCUGUGACGGGGACACCGACUGCAUGGACCUGAGCGACGAGAAGAACUGCGAGGGCGUCACGCAGAUGUGCGACCCCAACGUCAAGUUCGGCUGCAAGGACUCCGCUCGGUGCAUCAGCAAGGCGUGGGUGUGUGACGGGGACAGCGACUGCGAGGACAACUCGGAUGAGGAGAACUGCGAGCCGCUGGGCUGCACGGCGGCGCACCACGUGGUGUGUGCCAACGACACCAUCUGCCUGCCGCAGGAGAAGCUCUGCGACGGACACAACGACUGCCCUGACGGCUCCGAUGAGAAGCUGUGUGACCUGUGUCUGCUGAGCGGGUGCAGCCACAACUGCAGCAUAGCGCCGGGCGAGGGCAUCCUGUGCCUGUGCCCCGUGGGCAUGGAGGUGGGCCCCGACAACAAGACAUGCCAGAUCCAGAGCUUCUGCGCCAAGCACCUCAAGUGCAGCCAGCGCUGCGUACAGGACAAGUUCGCAGUCAAGUGUGACUGCUACGAGGGCUGGGCCCUGGACGCCGACAAGGAGAGCUGCUACAGCUUAGACCCCUUCAAGCCCUUCAUCAUCUUCUCCAACCGGCAUGAGAUCCGGCGUAUCGACCUGCAUAAGGGCGAGUUCAGCGUGCUGGUUCCGGGCCUGAGGAACACCAUAGCGCUGGACUUUGACUACAAGGAGAGCCAGCUCUACUGGACCGACGUGGUGGAGGACAAGAUAUACAGAGGAACGCUCUCCGAGAAUGGAGCACUGACCAGUUUCGAGGUGGUGAUCCAGUAUGGCCUGGCCACUCCCGAGGGCCUGGCUGUGGACUGGAUCGCUGGCAACAUCUACUGGGUGGAGAGCAACCUGGACCAGAUCGAGGUGGCCAAGCUGGACGGCACCAUGAGGACCACGCUGCUCGCCGGGGAGGUGGAGCACCCUCGCGCCAUCGCACUCGACCCCAGAGAAGGUAUCCUCUUCUGGACGGACUGGGAUGCUAGCUCCCCGCGUAUCGAGGCAGCCUCCAUGAGCGGAGAAGGCCGCCAGACCAUCCACAGGGAGACAGGAAACGGAGGCUGGCCCAAUGGCCUCACGGUCGACUAUCUGGAGCGCCGCAUCCUGUGGAUCGAUGCAAGGUCUGAUGCCAUCUACUCCGCCGCCUACGAUGGUUCCGGACUGAUCGAGGUCCUCCGGGGACACGAGUACCUGUCGCACCCGUUCGCCGUCACCAUGUAUGGGGGAGAGGUUUACUGGACGGACUGGCGCACCAACACGCUGGCCAAGGCUAACAAGUGGACGGGCCACGAUGUGACCGUGGUGCAGCGCACCAACACACAGCCCUUUGACCUGCAGGUGUACCACCCCUCCAGGCAGCCACAGGCUCCAAACCCCUGUGCUGAUAAUGGUGGACGAGGGCCCUGUUCUCACCUGUGCCUCAUCAACUACAACCAGACCUUCUCCUGCGCCUGCCCUCACCUCAUGAAGCUGCAGGAGGACAAACACACCUGCUUCGAGUCGCGGCAGUUCCUGUUGUAUGCGAGGCAGAUUGAGAUCCGAGGGGUGGAUCUGGACAACCCCUAUUACAACUACAUCAUCUCCUUCACCGUGCCUGACAUUGACAAUGUGACCGUGGUGGACUAUGACGCCCUGGAGAAGAGGAUCUACUGGUCAGACGUGCGCACACAGACCAUCAAGAGGGCCUUCAUCAACGGCACUGGGGUGGAGACAGUGGUGUCAGCCGACCUGCCCAAUGCCCAGGGCCUGGCGGUGGACUGGGUGUCCAGGAACCUGUUCUGGACCAGCUACGACGCCAACAAGAAGCAGAUCAACGUGGCUCGCCUGGACGGCUCCUUCAAGAACGCAGUCAUCCAGGGCCUGGACAAGCCCCACUGUCUUGUGCUGCACCCUAUACUAGGCAAGCUGUACUGGACGGAUGGCAACACCAUCAACAUGGCCAACAUGGAUGGCACCAACAAGACGGUCAUGUUCUCCGAUGAGAAGGCGCCUGUUGGUUUGUCCAUUGACUUUGAUGAGGAGCGUCUGUACUGGGUGAGUUCUGGUAACAGCACCAUCAAGCGCUGCAAGCUGGAUGGCUCAGAGCUGGAGGUGCUGGAGGCAGCCAGGGGAAAACUCACCAAGGCCACCGCACUGGCCAUCAUGGGUACUAAACUCUGGUGGGCGGACCACGGCUCGGACCAGGUGGGCACAUGUGACAAGAGUGACGGUGGCAGCUGGAAGGUCCUGAGGAACAACACCUCACCCAUGAUGCACAUGAAGAUCUACAAUGAGACCGUGCAAGAGGGUGGUGUGAACCUGUGCAGCCAUAACAACGGAGGAUGCUCUCAGCUCUGCCUCCCCACCUCCAAGACCACCCGCUCCUGCAUGUGCACCGCUGGCUACAGCCUGAAGAGCGGACAGCAGUCCUGCGAAGGCAUGGGUUCCUUCUUGUUGUACUCGGUACAUGAGGGCAUCCGUGGCAUCCCGCUGGACCCCUCGGACAAGUCUGAUGCCCUGGUACCCGUGGCUGGCACCUCCCUGGCGGUGGGCAUCGACUUCCACGCUGAGAACGACACCAUCUACUGGGUGGACAUGGGCAUGAGCACCAUCAGCAGGGCCAAGAGAGACCAGACCUGGAGGGAGGAGGUGGUGACCAACGGCAUAGGGCGCGUAGAGGGCAUCACCGUGGACUGGAUCGCAGGCAACAUCUACUGGACGGACCAGGGCUUUGACGUGAUCGAGGUGGCGCGUCUCAACGGCUCCUUCCGCUAUGUGGUGAUCUCCCAGGGCCUGGAUAAGCCGCGCGCCAUCGCUGUGCACCCCGCCAGAGGGUAUCUGUUCUGGACAGAGUGGGGUCAGUACCCCCGUAUCGAGCGCUCGCGUCUGGACGGCUCAGAGAGGGUGGUCCUGGUCAACGUUAGCAUCAGCUGGCCCAAUGGGAUCUCCAUAGACUACCCGGACGGCAAGCUGUACUGGUGUGACGCCCGCACAGACAAGAUUGAGCGCAUCGACCUGGAGACGGGAGACAACCGAGAGCUGGUCCUCAGCACCAACAACAUGGACAUGUUUGCCGUGUCCGUCUUCGAGGAGUACAUCUACUGGAGUGACAGGACCCAUGCCAAUGGCUCCAUCAAGAGGGGCCAUAAGGACAACGCCACAGAGUCCAUGUACCUGAGGACUGGCAUCGGAGUCCAGCUCAAGGACAUCAAAGUCUUUAACAGAGCCAGGCAACAAGGGACCAAUGUGUGCCGGGACAAUAAUGGCGGUUGCCAACAGCUUUGCCUUUUCCGUGGCAACGACAAGCGCACGUGCGCAUGCGCCCAUGGAAUGCUUGCCGAGGACGGACGCAGUUGCCGCGACUACGAAGGAUACCUUCUUUAUUCCGAACGAACUAUACUAAAGAGCAUACACCUAUCGGAUGAAACGAACCUCAACGCGCCUAUAAAACCGUUUGAGGACCCGGAGCAUAUGAAGAAUGUGAUCGCGUUGGCGUUCGACUACCGAGGGGGUUCCACGGGCCCUGGUGGCACGCGGAAGAACAACCGCAUUUUCUUCAGCGAUAUCCACUUUGGCAACAUUCAGCAGAUAGAUGACGACGGCACCAACCGCAAGACCAUCGUAGAGAAUGUGGGUUCAGUGGAGGGCUUGGCGUACCACCGUGCCUGGGACACGCUGUACUGGACCAGCUACACCACCUCCACCAUCACGCGGCACACGGUGGACCAGAACCGGUCCGGGGCCUACGAGAGGGACACCGUCGUCACCAUGUCCAGCGAUGACCACCCGCGCGCCUUCGUCCUGGACGAGUGCCAGAACCUGAUGUUCUGGACCAAUUGGAACGAGCAGUCUCCCAGUAUCAUGCGCUCGUCCCUGGGUGGAGCCAACGUGCUGGUGAUCAUUGGCACGGACAUCCGCACGCCAAACGGCCUGGCCAUCGACCACCGCGCCGAGAAGCUCUACUACAGCGACGCCACGCUGGACAAGAUCGAGCGCUGCGAAUACGACGGCAGCCACCGCAUUGUGGUACUGAAGAAUGAGCCGGUGCAUCCGUUUGGGUUGGCGGUGUAUGCGGACUACAUCUUCUGGACGGACUGGGUGAGGAGAGCAGUGCUGAGGGCCGACACGGAGGGCAGAGACCUGAAGCAGCUCAGAGCGGACAUCCCACAGCAGCCCAUGGGCAUCAUCGCAGUGGCCAACGACACUAACAGCUGUGAGUACUCCCCAUGCCACAACAACAAUGGAGGCUGCAUGGACCUGUGUCUGCUGACAUCGGACGGACGAGUCAACUGCAGCUGCAGAGGGGACCGCAAGCUGCUGUCGGACCACACCUGCGUUGCCCUGAACACGUCGUGCAGCAGUGUGGACAACUUUGAGUGCGGUAACGGAGACUGUAUCAACUACAGCCUGACCUGCGAUGGCCAGCCACACUGCAAGGACAAGUCAGAUGAGAAGCAAUCCUACUGUGCCAAUCGUGUGUGCAAGAAGGGAUACCGUCGCUGCACCAACGGGCGCUGCGUUGCCAUGCCACUCUGGUGCGAUGGCAACGACGACUGUGGAGACCACUCAGAUGAACUGCACUGCAAUGUGACCCUGUGUGCUACUGGUGAGUUCCAGUGUGCCUCCAACACGGGCUGCAUAGCCAACUCCACACGCUGCAACCAGGUGGUGGACUGUGAAGACGCCAGCGACGAGAUGAACUGCAGCCCCACGGACUGCUCCAGCUACUACCGGCGUGGUGUGAAGGGGGUGACCUUCCAGCGGUGUGAGAAGACCACCCUGUGCUACGCCUCCUCCUGGGUCUGUGACGGAUCCAACGACUGCGGAGACUGGUCUGAUGAGAAGAACUGCCCUGACAAGCGUAAGCUGAAGUGUCCGGUGAACUACUUUGCGUGUCCCAGCGGUCGCUGCAUCCCCAUGAGCUGGACCUGUGACAAGGAGAACGACUGUGAGAACGGAGCCGACGAAACACACUGUGAUAAGUUUUGCACAGCUACAGAGUUUGAGUGUGGUAACCAUCGCUGCAUCGAGAGCACCUGGGUGUGUGAUGGACAAGACGACUGCGGAGAUGGAUCAGACGAGGACAGCAAGUGCACGACCAAGACGUGCAGCCCGGAGACGUUCCAGUGCCCAGGCUCGUACCUGUGCGUGCCACAGCGCUGGAAGUGUGACGGAGACCGCGACUGCCCUAACGGGGAGGACGAGAGCGUCAAGGCUGGAUGCACCUACAACAACACGUGUGACGAGAAUGAGUUCAUGUGUCAGGACAGGCACUGCAUCCCCAAGCAGUUUGUGUGUGACCACGACCUGGACUGCCCUGACGGCUCCGAUGAGUCGCCCGAGUGCGAGUACUCCACUUGUGGUCCUGAUGAGUUCCGGUGUGCCAAUGGCCGGUGCCUGAAGCAGAAGAGCUGGGAGUGCGACGGGGAGUUCGACUGCCACGACAAGUCAGACGAGGCCCCCAAGAACCCACACUGCACUGAAACAGGCAAGAGCUGCAACGACACGGCGUUCAUGUGCAAGAACGGCGUGUGUGUGAACGAGACGCUGCUAUGUGACAACAGGGAUGACUGUGGCGACGGCUCAGACGAGCUCAACUGCAACGUCAACGAGUGCUUCACACACCUCAGUGGCUGCUCACAGCUCUGCGAGGACCUCAAGAUUGGAUUCAAGUGCCGCUGUCACCCCGGCUUCCGUCUGAAGGACGAUGGGAAGACGUGCGUGGACAUCGACGAGUGCACCACCAGCUACCCCUGCACCCAGCGCUGCGUCAACACCCACGGCAGCUUCCACUGCCUCUGCGUGGAGGGCUUCCAGCUCAGGCCAGACGACCCCACCAUCUGCAAGUCCACCUCAGAUGAGGAGCCCUUCCUGAUAUUUGCUAACCGCUACUACCUGCGCAAGCUCAACCUGGAUGGCACUAACUACACCCUGAUCAAGCAGGGUCUGAACAACGCCGUGGCUCUGGACUUCCAUAUCGCUGAGCAGAUGAUCUACUGGACCGACGUCACCACACAGGGCAGCAUGAUCAGACGCAUGCCCAUCAACGAUAGCGACAAUGUGCAGGUGCUCCACCGGACGUCCCUGAGUAACCCUGACGGUCUGGCGGUGGACUGGGUGGGAGGCAACCUGUACUGGUGUGACAAGGGCAGGGACACUAUCGAGGUGUCCAAGCUGAACGGAGCGUACCGCACGGUGCUGGUCAACAGCGGCCUGAGGGAGCCUCGCGCUCUGGCUGUGGAUGUACGCAACGGGUAUCUGUACUGGUCUGACUGGGGUGACAACCCUCAUAUUGGCCGCAUCGGUAUGGACGGCAGCAACCGCAGCGUGAUCGUACAGGACCGCAUCACCUGGCCCAACGGCCUGACGCUGGACUUCAUCAACGACCGCAUCUACUGGGCCGACGCCCGAGAGGACUACAUCGAGUUCGCCAGCCUGGACGGAACCAACCGGCACACAGUGCUGAGCCAGGACAUCCCCCACAUCUUUGCCAUGACCCUGUUUGAGGAGUACAUCUACUGGACGGACUGGGAGACCAAGUCCAUCAACCGCGCCCACAAGACCCAGGGCACCAACAAGAGCUUGCUCAUCAGUACCCUGCACCGGCCCAUGGACAUCCACAUCUACCACCCCUACAGGCAGCCGCCGGUGAGUGACCACCCGUGCCAGGUGGAGAACGGCGGCUGCAGUAACCUGUGUCUGCUGUCCCCCGGAGGCGGCUACAAGUGCGCCUGCCCCACCAACUUCUACCUGGCCGCAGACGGACGCCAGUGCAUGUCCAACUGCACCGCCAGCCAGUUUGUGUGCAAGAAUGACAAGUGCAUUCCCUUCUGGUGGAAGUGUGACACUGAGGAUGACUGUGGGGAUCGCUCCGAUGAGCCUGAGGACUGCGCUCCAUUCAAGUGUCGGCCAGGUCAGUUCCAGUGUGCCACGGGCAUCUGCACUAACCCCGCCUACAUCUGUGAUGGAGACAACGACUGCCAGGACAACUCAGACGAAGAAAAUUGUGACAUCCACGUGUGCCUGCCCAGCCAGUUCAAGUGUUCCCAGCCCAGCCGCUGCAUCCCCGGCAUCUUCCGCUGUAACGGCCAGAACAACUGUGCCAACGGGGAGGACGAGAAGGACUGCCCUGAGGUGACGUGCGCACCUAACCAGUUCCAGUGCGCCAUCACUAAGCGCUGCAUCCCGCGCGUCUGGAUGUGCGACCGCGACAACGAUUGUGUGGAUGGCUCUGACGAACCUCCAGAUUGCUCUCUGGUGCGGUGCGGCGUGGAUGAGUUCCGCUGUAAGGACUCUGGCCGCUGCAUCCCUGCGCGCUGGAAAUGCGACGGAGAGGACGACUGCAGCGAUGCCUCUGAUGAGCCCAAAGAGGAGUGUGAUGAGCGUACGUGUGAGCCCUACCAGUUCCGCUGUAAGAAUAACCGCUGUGUGCCCGGACGCUGGCAGUGUGACUAUGACAACGACUGCGGGGACAACUCAGACGAGGAGGGCUGUGUUCCUCGUAAGUGCUCGGAGAGUGAGUUUGCCUGCCAGAAUGGCCGUUGCAUCGCUGGCCGGUGGAAGUGUGAUGGAGACCACGACUGUGCUGAUGGAUCAGAUGAGGUUGGCUGUGAACCCAAAUGUGACAGCGACCAGUUCCAGUGCAAGAACGGCCACUGCAUCCCGCUCCGCUGGAGAUGCGACAUGGACGCAGACUGCAUGGACGGCAGUGAUGAGGAACACUGCAACAGCACCGUGGGGAGACAGUGCCCCCCAGAUGAGUUCCAGUGUAACAACACCCUGUGCAAGCCGCUGGCCUGGAAGUGUGAUGGAGAGGACGACUGUGGAGACAACUCUGAUGAAAACCCUGAGACCUGCAGAGACUUCCAGUGUCCUCCUACCCGAAGUUUCCGCUGCACAAACGACCGCGUGUGUUUGAGUCUGGUCAAACGUUGUGACGGGGUGGACAACUGUGGAGACAACUCUGAUGAGAUGCACUGUGCAGAUAAGAAGGCGUCAAAGUGCGACAAGAACAUGUUCCAGUGCAGCACGGGCAAGUGCAUCAGCAACAGCCUGCGCUGCAACUUCUUCAACGACUGUGAGGACUACGGCUCUGACGAGAUCAACUGCACCAAAGAGAAAGGCACGGUGGUGAAUGACUGCCAGAGCAAUAAGACUCUGUGUGGUGAUGGAGAUGAGGCUCACUGUGUCACCAACGGCACCGACUCCUUCUGCUCCUGCAAGCCCGGCUUCCGCACAGUGGCACCCAACAUCUGCAACGACUUUGAUGAGUGCUCAGUGUUUGGCACCUGCUCCCAGAUCUGCAACAACACCAAAGGCUCCUACAAGUGUAGCUGCCACAAGCACUUCACCAAGAUCAAUGACACCUGCAAGGUCAAUGGCACCUUCAACGCCCAGCGGCAGGUGCUGUACAUCGCGGACGACAACGAGAUCCGCAGCCUGGACCCGGGUGUGCCCAACUGGGUGUACGAGCAGGCCUUCCGCGGCAACGCCAACGUGCGCAUCGAGUCAAUGGACGUGAUGGUGAAGACCAACCGCAUCUUCUGGACCAACUGGCACACGGGCAGCAUCUCCUCCUACGAGCUGCCCUCGGCCACCGCCUCCUCAUCCUCCUCGUCGACGUCGGGCCCUCGUGAGGACCCCGUCAGCAAUUUGCAGAUCUUAAACCUGAAGAUGCCUCGCGGUCUGGCGGUGGACUGGGUGGCCGGCAAUCUGUACUGGACGGACUCGGGUCGAGAUGUGAUCGAGGUGGCCCAGAUAUCCGGCCAGCACCGCAAGACACUCAUCUCCGGCAUGAUCGACGAGCCCUACGCCAUAGCUGUGGAUCCACAGAGAGGGCGGAUGUACUGGACGGAUUGGGGCAACCACCCGAAGAUCGAGACGGCAGCUAUGGAUGGAACCAUGAGGCAGACCCUGGUCCACGACAACAUCCAGUGGCCCACAGGCCUGACUGUGGACUACUUCAAUGAGCGUCUGUACUGGGCCGACGCCAAGCUUUCCAUCAUCGGCACUGUGCGACUGGACGGAUCAGACCCCCACAUUGCCGUGUCUCAUGUCGCAAACAAUCUCCUGCACCCGUUCAGCAUUGACGUGUUUGAGGACCACAUCUAUGGUGUGACCUACAUCAAUAACCAAGUCUUCCGAGUGAACAAGUUUGGCCAUGGCUCUGUUGAGAACCUGACCACGGGGAUCAACCACGCCACAGACAUCGUCCUCUACCACCGCUACAAGCAGCCGGAGAUGACCAACCCAUGUGACAAGAAGAAGUGUGAGUGGCUGUGUCUGCUGAGCCCCACUGGGCCGGUCUGCAUCUGCCCCAAUAAUCACGUCCAAGACAACGGCACCUGUGUGGAGGUCCCUCCAACCACUCCACAGCCUGGUCCGGGCACGUGUACCCUGCAGUGUUUGAAUGGAGGCAGUUGCUUCCUGAAUCCCAACAGCCAGCCCAAGUGCCGCUGCCAAACCAGCUACAGAGGAGAGCGCUGCGAGAUCAACACAUGCAUCGGCUACUGCAAGAACGGAGGCACCUGUUCACCCUCGCCCUCAGGCGCCCCUACGUGCCGCUGCCUAAAGGGCUUCACUGGCUCCAACUGUAAUCUGCAGACGUGUGCGGACUACUGCCAGAACGGCGGCACCUGCACGGUCAGCACUGGCAACCAGCCCAUCUGCAGCUGCCCACAGGAGUACCAGGGAGACAUGUGCCAGUUCAGUCUGUGUGAGGGCUUCUGUGAAAACGGUGGCACUUGCCUUCAGCUGGCCAAUGGGACGCAGCAGUGCCGAUGCCCCUUCCGUUACCACGGGCAACGCUGCGAGCUGGACCAAUGCCAGUACUGCGGAGCAGGGGUGUGUGAUACUAGUAGUGCUGGAGAGAUCACCUGCAGGUGUCCCAAUGGGAGAUCUCUGCCCAGCUGUUACACCUGUUCUGAUUUCUGCCAGAAUGGCCAGUGCACUGUGAACCCACGCACAUCGCUGCCCCAGUGCAGGUGUCAGGACGGAUGGGGCGGCUUCCGCUGUAUAGAUGUGUCUCCUGUGGCAGGCACCGGCGGCCAGACCAACACUGCCUCCGUGGUCAUCCCUGUUCUCCUGCUGCUCCUGUUGGCUCUGCUGGUUGUGGGCGCCCUCUUGUGGUACAAAAAGAGAAUGCGAGGUGCUAAGGGCUUCCAGCACCAGCGGAUGACUAACGGGGCAAUGAAUGUAGAGAUUGGGAAUCCCGCUUACAAGAUCUACGAGGGGGAUCCUGACGACGACGCAGGAGAGCUACUGGACUCUGACUUCGCACUCGAUCCAGAUAAGCCCACCAACUUCACCAACCCGGUGUACGCCACGCUCUACAUGGGUGCCCACAACAGCCGCAACUCCCUGGCCAGCACGGACGAGAAGAAGGAGCUCCUCUCCACCACAGACGAUGACCUGGGGGACCCGCUAGCGUAGAGGCUAAUCCACCGCUAACAGCCGCACGCUAACGCUGCUCUCCAUCUCUCUCAAUGGAGAAAUAAACCUCCUGCCCUUCACUUCUCAAGAGCGGUGGAUAAACGGCCACCGUACCCCCCCUCCGUCCCCCUUUCCCCCGCCCCAAAUCCCACCUGCCCUCCCUACGAUACCCCCCUUUUAUUGCCUUUUCGAAACAAGAAGUAGAAGAAAAAACACAACAGCAGCAACCACAGUAUCGAUGAGAUGAACACUGUACAAAAUGUAUAAAACAGGAGGGAAAAAAAGAGAAAAAAGGCAAAAAAGAGAUGAAGGACUACUUUUGUAUGUGAUUGCAGUAUUAUAUUUUAUUCUUUGAGGAAAUUCUUCUGGUGAACAGAAAGAAAAACAGAACAUUUUCUAUACUUUUUUAUUUUUUACUUUUGUUUUUUGUUUUUGUUUUUGCUCACCAACUUGCUAUUCACUCUAACUUUCUGCCAAUUCCCAACUCAAUCCCCUUCAUCUAGCCACUACCUCCCUGCAGAUCUGAAACAUUGAACGUAUGUAUGGUACGUCAACAGCAUUGGAACAGCUUCCACAUCUUAUUUUCUUUUCAACUUUAUUUUUGUACGAAUUGUAUAGCCAUUGUUCCAUUGAAAAGAAAAGAUAAAGAAUAUUGCCAAGUGUUUUGUGAACAAAUGUUAGAGGGAUGGGGAAGAAGGGAUGGGAAAUGUGGGGGAGGGGGGAGGGAAGGGGCACAGAGUCUCUUAACAAACUGGCACAGAGUCAGUAGUAUUCCCUCUGACACAGUCAGUCGUUUUGCCUCUGACACUUGGAGUGCUGCUGGAUGUUUUAGAUGCAGAGUUACUAAAGAGUGUGUGUCGGAAAUAGUUGUGUGUGAAGUGUGUGUGUGUGUGUGCACACAUGUGCACGCAUGUGUGUGUGUGCGUGUGUGUGCGUGCGUGUGUGUGUGUGUGUGAGGGGACAGGGCUGGAGGGAUGAGUGAGAGGCAGUGAGACCACAUCUUUACUUCCAUAAUGAUAGCUCAGAGAUUUUGGUUUUAAGUGAUCGCUGUUUUUUUUUUUUCUUCCUCCUUGCACAGAUUUGAAUUUAUAUAUAUAAAAUAUAAGUAUAUAUAUUUACAUAUAUAUAAACCCAGUGUCUUGAAGAAAAUACACCUAGGGGAUUCAAACAUUCAUGAAAAAAAUAACAGUAUGUGUUUGAUUACAUUUUUUUGCUUUAAUACUCUUCAUAAAAGUUAUUACAGAGGUGAAGACGCUGUUGGUACCAGUCAGGACUUGAAUUGAGUAAGAGGAUGGAGAAGAAAGCCCAAUGGAUUGAAUGGAUACAUGAAUGAAAUGAACUUAUGAAUUGUGUUUGAUGAAUGAAGAUGACAACAUUCCUAAGGUGUUUGUUUGUUUUUUUUUAACUGUGGCCUUGGUUUGUUUUUUUGUUUUGUUUUUUUGGAAUGUCGAGUGAUUGAACCACAAUGGAUGGACUAGGACGUACCUGGUCAUGUUUGACUUUGAGGAAGUAUGUUUUUAUAUAGAUUGACAUAAGGAAGAAAAAGGAGAAAAUGAUUGUCAAGCUUUUCCCUCUCUCGGACACACACCGAGUGUGUUUGUGUUUGUAUGUGCGGUCAGGUUAUUCCUCCAUAUGGAACUAGGCCUACUGUUAUUGGCAAAUGCCCGCUGCAUUUGUUAGGUACACCUCACAGUGGUUUGGGAUGGUACUGAGAGAGGAAAAGCUGUCACAUAAAUAAAACUAAAAGCUGUGUUUAUUAUUGUUUUUGUUUAUUAUUUUCCUCAACCUAAGUACGAAGUGCGAAGUUAGGUGAUUGUCUGUCAGCCAGUGCUAGCUAGGAUGUGCUAUGUUAAACGCUAACGUAGCCCUACCCACGCAAAAUACAUCUCUCUCUCUCUCCCUCUCUCUCUCUCUCUCUCCCUCUCUCUCUCUCUCUCUCUCUCUCUCUCUCUCUCUCUCUCUCAUUCUCUCAUUCUCUAUCUCUCUAUCUCUCUCUCCCUCUCUCCGUCUCUUGCUCUCGAUCUCAUCUCUUGAUUAUCAUUCCCCCACUAGCACACAUAUUAACGCUAUUGCCUUGCUGCUGCUAACGCCACCAUUCGUCUGCCUGGUCCAUUGUCGAGCCCUGUCAACCAAUAGAUAGCCAGUCUUUACCACUGGGCUGCUGCUUCAAAUGGAUGUAAUGAUGAGGGCCAGCCAUAACAGCCAUAUGUUAAUGCAUGUAACAUACGAACCAAUACACACAAGAUGUACAUGUAAACCCCUCUGGCUUUUAAUGAACUCUCUUUUUUAUUUUUUUAACAGUAUUCACAUGUCUGAGUCUGUCCUUCUCAUUUCUGUGACGUUGCUCUGUUCAUUUUUUGUUUUGUUUUAAUUUUUUGUUUGUUUUUGAUCAAAUGAAUUAGUACAAUCAUUUUACUUUCUCAAAGGUUAAAAAUAAGACACUUUUACAAAAACUGA